AAAAUUCCUUACCAAAUCUUGUACAUUUUAUGGAAUUAUCUGCAGAAAAAACCAAAAAUUAUCUUACAAUUACAAUUAUCUUACAAUUUUUCUUUUAAUGUUUAGUUGCACUCAGAAAGUAGGGAAAUGUAACAGUUUUUCUAGAUACAUAAAAUGUAGCUUAUUGGUUUUAUAAAUAACAAUUAGAACAAUAUUUGUAUAUGCCUAUUGCUUGACAGCCACAACAUUUUUUUCAUUUCAGGUGAAAAUAAUUAGCUAGUUUCGUUUUUUAAAGAUAAUAAGAUCAAUAUGUGAUAAAUGUGUGCCUUUUAAAUCCAAGUCCACAAUUUAUUCAAUCUUUCCUCAAGUGCUCAGUAGACUUAUAACUAAUCGCUUAACUGUACAGAAUAAACCUUAUAAGAAUAAAUGUUUUUAAAGCUGCUUUAAAGCAAACCAUUGAUGGAAGAUGCACUCUUCACAGACAGCAGGAAGCUUUCCUGCUGCUUUGCUGGAAGGAGGAGCUUCGUCCUUGAAGGCGGGGCUAAGUCCACCCAGGCCUUUUGCACAGCUGAAUGGCUGCUACUGGAAAUUAAAGGAUUUCUCAAACAUGCAUGAAGUAAUCAAGGCAACACCACAUGUAUGUUUUUCAAGAGAAAACACCAUUAUGACCUCAUGCAACAUUCAAAGUGGUCGAUUUUACAUAACACUGCCCCUUUAAUGAUUCACAUAUUAUGCUGGAGUUAAUUGGAGAAGAAUAUCAACAUCAGAGCAUCAUGUAUCCUAGGUAAUUCUCAGUGAUGACAGUGGAUAAUAUUACUUAAUCAAAAUGCUCAUUAUACGCGCACUUAGCUGCCUAAAAUGACUCACUUUCUCUCAGGGACAUUCAGUUUUUUCCCCUCCCUCUCUUUUCUUUGUCCUCCUCGUUUCUCUCUUUUUCCACCAUUUGGUCGUUUUGACCCGAUGUUUAGCCAAGCAAAACAAAAGCUAAGCAGGGAGCCAUGGCAGCACGCACACGUGAUCAGAUGCAUUAGAAAUACUCUGCACACAUGGAAAUCAGGUUUGCGUUUUCUUCUCUUUUGAGCCAAUUAAUCAUUCGUGUGCGCGCAGCCAGCUCUCUGACAAAUAAGACAAAUAAAUAAAAGUAACUGUAGUUUAAACUGCUUGUUUGUGAAGCCGCUGGUGCAGCCGUGUGUGUGGGAGCCACAAAAACCUAAAGUGACAGGUAAACAGCAGAGGAGCGUCAGUCCGCUCUCAGACUGACACACGCACAGGAACGGAGGAACACAACCUGCCCUCACGACUCAGUCAGCACCGACCACCGACUCCUCUCUACGGCGUCCAGAGUGGACAAAUUCUGCCUUUAUUUAACGGGGUGAAGCAACUCCUGCUGAAGUGUCCAAAGAUAUUCCUUUCCGUCUCGAAGCUCCGAGGUUUCCUUCUUGCAGCCGUGCAGGAAUUAUCCGCGCUCCGCCGGACUUAUGAUCGACCAGCGAUUCACGACUUCUCCUCUCCCGCUGAGAAAGCUGCAGAUCGGGACUGUGGCGCUGUGCUGAUGGACCCGGGCUCCGGCGGCUCGGCGGUGCUCUUUGCAGAAGGCUCAAAUGUUUUGCUUCAACGCAGAGCUGACUGAGUGAUGGCGACAAAACUGCAUCAGGUCAAAGACUGGUCCUCUGCACGCUCCGAGGGGUGAUAGCAGAGCUGCUCUCUGCUGAAGGAAUACUUUCCCAGACUUGAUGCAUUCAAACCCUCGCAUGUUAACGAUGGAUCUGAAAGUGGAGCCGGAAGAACUGGACUCGAACCAGCCUCCACCCAUAGAAGUUUUUGCGCACAGCUCGACCCUGCACGGAAUCUCCCACAUCUUCACCUACGAGCGCUUCUGGAUCAAGCGGUUCCUGUGGCUCGUCUUCUUCCUGGCCUCCCUGACUUUCCUGCUCUACGUGUGCGUGGAUCGGAUCCACUUCUACCUCGAGUACCCGCACGUCACCAAGUUGGACGAGGUCUCGACCCCGGUCAUGACGUUCCCGGCGGUGACCUUCUGCAACCUGAACGCGUUCCGCUUCAGCCAGUUGACCCGCAACGACCUCUUCUACGUUGGGGAGCUGCUGGCCCUGCUCAACAACAGGUAUGAGAUCAGGGACAUACACCUGGUGGAGGAGAGCGUUCUGGAGAGCCUGAAGCUCAAAACCGACUUCCAGAACUUCAAGCCGAGACCUUUCAACAUGCGGGAAUUCUACGACCGCACCGGCCACAACCUCAACGACAUGCUGCUGUCCUGCCACUUCCACGGCACAGAGUGCAGACCGGAGCACUUCAAAGUGGUCUUCACUCGCUACGGGAAAUGCUACACCUUCAACCCCGGUGGAGAUGGGAAUCCCCCCCUCAUCACCACCAAAGGCGGCAUGGGAAACGGUCUGGAGCUCAUGCUGGACAUCCAACAGGAUGAAUACCUGCCAGUCUGGGGAGAAACAGAUGAGACUUCCUUUGAAGCUGGGAUCAAAGUUCAGAUCCACAGUCAGGAAGAGCCGUCCUUCAUCGACCAGCUCGGAUUUGGUGUUUCACCCGGAUUCCAGACGUUUGUGUCCUGCCAGGAACAGCGGCUCAUAUAUCUUCCUCCACCCUGGGGAGACUGUAAGGUGACGCCCAUGGAUUCAGACUUCUUUGACACUUACAGCAUCACCGCCUGCCGCAUAGACUGUGAGACGCGCUACCUGGUGGACAAUUGCAACUGCCGCAUGGUGCACAUGCCUGGCGACGCUUCCUUCUGCACACCCCAGAUGUACAAAGAGUGUGCUGACCCAGCUCUUGAUUUCUUGGUGGAACAAGACAACGAUUUCUGUGUGUGCGAGACGCCGUGCAACAUGACCAGGUACAGCAAGGAGCUGUCCUUCGUCAAGAUCCCCAGCAAGGCCUCGGCCAAGUAUCUGGCAAAGAAAUACAACAAAACAGAGCAGUACAUUAAGGACAACAUUUUGGUUUUAGACAUCUUCUUUGAGGCUCUGAAUUAUGAAACUAUUGAACAGAAGAAAGCAUAUGAAGUGGCCGGACUUUUAGGUAUUUCUACGUUUUGUCAAACAUUGUGUACUCUCUUAUUUGUGGUCUUGGGUUCAGUAUUGUGGACAAUUUUCUUUCUUCUUACUCUAGGUGAUAUUGGUGGUCAGAUGGGACUCUUUAUUGGUGCGAGCAUACUGAGUAUUCUGGAGAUUUUUGACUACCUGUAUGAGGUGAUAAAAUACAAGCUGUGCGGCUGCUCCGAUAAGAAGCACAAGCACAGCAGCACCGACCAAGGAACGGUCCUGAGCUUGGACGACGUCAAGUGUCACGUCAGUAACUUUCAUUAAGCCUCUGCCGCCGUCCUGGAGGAGGGAGCUUCUGCCUGGACUUUGCUACUGCGACAGUGUGAGGAUGAAUGAACUGGGCCUGGUUGAGCUUAACUCUCUGCGAACACGGUCAGGCGGCCAACAGAAGCAGACGGUCACGCAGGCAGUCAGCUGGCCUGCAGAAACCAGAGACCAACCUGGUCAGAUCAACUGCAUGGUCAUCUGAAACAUCCUUUAAAGACAGGAGCAGCGAAGCGGACAUCUGCUCCUUGAAGGUUCAUAAUGUGUGCUGUGCUGUGCUGUGUUUAUCUGUCAGCGUGAUUAGGCUUUAUGUAAAAUGAUUGUUCAUUUGCAAGAAUUUUCUCAGCUCUGCACUAGUCCUGUUGCCUUUAUUCUCCUGUUUUUCCACCUAAAAAAAAUAAAUCAUUUUUAUAUUCCUGUCCUCCAUCCUCAUCUUAAGAGCCCUUGAUAAACUCAGUGCAUUCUGCCAAAACACUGUACUACCUCAGCUUCCAGUGCAAAAGCACCACUAUGAAUUUACAGACCAAGCUAAACUGACGAUCAGUAAAGUGAUUUUUAAUGAACUGGGAAACGGUGAAACAUAUGUGGCUAUAAAUAUGUUAGGAGGUGCAAGAUUUUAGUUAGUUAAGGCUCUUUUCUUUCAAAAAACAUUUCAGCUUUUCAACACUAUUAACAUGAUGAUAUAUUGUAUUUUGACAAACAGAACAAAAAAGCUGAGUCACAAACUUGUUCUAGAUCUUUUCGUGAUUCUAAAUGAAAUGUCUUUCUUUUAACUUAAACCUUCUAAAGUCAUCUAAUGGUUAAACAAAUGUCCUCUAUUUCACUUGGAGGACAUGUUCCUUCAUGUUUAAUUUUUUUGAAGAGUGGCUAAGAAAUAUGGGGACCAAGUAAAGAAAGUAGCACUUAUCAAAAUGAUUCAAUUACAGUUGUUUUAUAGCAAUUGUUAGUAAUUGUUGCAGCAGUUAUUUUGUUUAAGACAACUAACUAGUGGGUGUAUUUACUCUCUGGAUAAACAUAAUCCAAUUAAAGUUUGGAUUUUUCUCAAAUGUUCAGCGUGGAAAUUAUGCUUCUGCAAUUGAAGAUGAAUUUAUUUGAAGGAUUUUUACACAACUUUACCAGCGGAAGGUCUAGAGAAAAAGAUUAACUUAUUAUAAGAGAACCAUCCCUGUUCCUGUAGUGAAGCUAGACUUUUUCAGUUUGUUAAAUAAUGAAAAACAACUGCAAUUCUUAUUAAUAAGCAUUGUAUGUUUGGUUGGAAGAACCAGAUUAAUGGUACAAUACUUUAAAUUUUCACUCAAAGUCAAACAUUUCCAUUCCCAACUAGAAAAAUAGUCUGGAGGUCAAAUGAAGUCAGUAUUUGGGAAAGAGGAAAGUUUUUCCCUAAUUCCCAUUUCAAAGUACAACACUGGGACUCUGUCUUCAAAACGCAGGAAUAGCUGUAGCAGAAAACUGUUUAUUUCCACAUCUAGCAGUGUGUAUCUCAUGAAAUCGUUCAUACAUUUAAUACUACACAACCUCUGUUAGUCAGUGCGUUUCUUAAGUGUUUUAAUACAUACAAAGUGAAGAAAAAAUAAAUAGCUUGUGUUGCUUAUAGUGAUGAGCUUGUCGGUGAUAAUAGCAGUUACCAUAUUUGCCGCCAGAACAUGUUAAAGUCGGGUUAGAAUAAGUAAGUAGGUUCUAGUACUUUCUGGCAGUGCAGUUCAGUCUGUUUCAGGUUUUGACUGAUAUUUUUGCCUGUUUCUGCUUAUUAGCUCUGCUAAAAGUUUCCACAUUAGCAGCUUAUAUUUUGUGUCAUGCAAAGCCCCAAAGCAGUCGACCAUUGAUGGAGAUCAACUAUGUCCUCAGAAUGAAUCUCUGUAAAGGCAACUUCCACUUAUACUGCAGGUUUACCUUUACCUGUGGUCUCAGUGUUUUAUUGGCAUUAAGUUGUCUCAGAUUAUGGUUUUUGUACCAUGGGGCCUGUUAAAAACACAGUGAUUUAUUUGGUGUUGUCACAUCAAAUAAACUUGCAAAUGGUCCACCUUUAACAAUCCUUAAACUGGUUAAUCAAUAAAAACUAGAUCAAGCCAUGAAAGGGAAAUUUAAGUUGCAAUAAAUACAGAGUAGGAUGUUGUUCAGAAGUGCUGUCCAAAUUUUGAGUCCUUUCAGUAAGGCUUAUAUUUACUGUACAAAUUUAUUAUGUAUUAAUUUCAGCUCCAAAAUUUUACAUAUCAAACCAGGCAAUCAGAUAUGAGUGAAAAUCAGUAUUUGUCACAUAAAACUGAGAUUUACCAGAUUAUAUUAGAAGAUGUCACAUAAUGCAAACCUUCCCCUACAAACUCACGUUUAACUAACUCUUUAAAUCUCAGAAUAACAACAACAAAAAAAGAUUUAUAUGGAAAAGUUCUAAAUGUUUAUAUUUGUCAUUUUCAUUUCCCUCCAGUCAAUGUAACACUAAGCGAUCACAUCAACGAAGAUGAGUUUACUGAAUGUGCUUUUCCUUCUUCUAGGGCUCUGACUUGCAUGUAUCAGUGCACAGCAGGUGUCUUAAAAAUUUUUGUCCACGUCAAUCAUUUGUGUCCUCUGUCUGCUUGCAGUAUGCUUGACGAUAUUUGCACAGUUUGUCCUGCCUGUGUAGGCCAUGGAAAGUGAAGCGGAUGAGGGGGAAGAUGGUAGAUGCUGCCCUUUGUGAACAUGUGAGCUCUGCGGGUGCAUGCUCAUGACUUACUGUUCUGUUUACAUCUUAAAUGUUGUAUCUUCCCUGAGCUCUGUGUGCAAGCUUCAGCAGGAAAUGGGAAUGUGUAGCUGUGUUGUGGUAGCAUCCAGCACAAACAUACCAUCGGCUGUAACUAGAUGUAAAUACUGCAGUGACCAUGGCCCUGUUGUACUAGUGCUGUUUGCGUUGGGUUUAUUUAGCACAGACUAGCUCUCUGUCUCAGUUUUCUGUACAUAUGAGUCUUGAUGAUUUAUUCAUCCAAAGUAUAUUGAAUAGAAAAGCUGUGUCUUUUUUUUUUUAUUUGCUUUGUAAUGAUCAAAACAGCUCUUUUCAUUAGUGUGUGUAAAUAUAAAAUGCCAAGUCGUUAUUUUCAAGCUGCAUGAACUCUUGAAUCUCUGUGAAAGUUCACAGGCUGACGAGCUUUCUGCUUUUCUUCCAGCCUCUGUUGUAAACUUUAGAUUUUUGUUUGAAAUGAAGAAAUUUGAUUGGAAUAAAGGAAUGUUGUUUCUGUUUGUAGAUUUAUGGAUCAAAACAGACUUGCAGCAGUAGAUUUAUUAAAGAUGACAUGUUAACUUUA